GCCGUGCGCAGUCAGUAGCGGAGCCGAAGCGGAACCAAACACGGAACGCGCGCGAAACCCAAACCACUAAACCAUGAGAGGUCUGCUGUACACGGUGUGCGUGGUCGGGCUGUGCGCCUACGGGGCCCGUGCCGCUGACGGCGGGGACGCGAAGACCGCGGUGGCCGCGGAGGGCAAGCGGUCCGCGGACGACAAGACGCAGGACAAGAGGAGCCUGUUCGACACCGGCUACGGAUACGGGUCCGGGUUCGGCUACGACGUGGCCAGCGGCGGCGGUGACGACUACCAUCAACACGGGCACGGCCACGUGCUGUCCAAGACCAUCAUCAAGGAGGUGGCGCACCCGUACCCGGUUCCCGUCGAGAAGCACGUCCCGUACCCGGUCAAAGUGGCCGUGCCCGUGGACCGCCCGUACCCGGUGCAUGUGCCCAAACCGUACCCGGUGCACGUGGAGAAACCGGUCCCGUACCCGGUCAAGGUAGCCGUGCCGCAGCCGUACCCUGUCGUCAAGGAGGUCCCCGUGGCCGUCAAGGUGCCCGUGGACAGGCCGUAUCCGGUGCACGUGCCCAAACCGUACCCGGUGUACGUCGAGAAGCACGUCCCGUACCCGGUCGAGAAACACGUCCCAUACCCCGUCAAAGUGCCCGUGGACAGACCGUACCCCGUGCACGUACCGGUAGAGAAGCACGUGCCGUACCCGGUCGAGAAACCGGUGCCGUACCCGGUCAAAGUACCGGUCGACCGCCCGUACCCGGUCACCGUCGAGAAGCACAUCCCGUAUCCGGUCGAGAAGCCCGUGCCCUACGCGGUCGAGAAGCCCGUCCCGUAUCCGGUCAAAGUUCCGGUCAAGGUCGAAGUCCCAGUGCCGUACCCGGUCAAAAGUUAUGACCACCACGACGAACAUGACCACCACCACCACAGCAGCAGCUACUGAACACGCGGACCAAGCGCGUGUUUAUCGUCCAAACGGUUUAUAAGACCACCAAACGGUUACCACUGAUUUGUUAUAUUCCUUGUUUAUUUUUAUUAUUUUUGUUUUGUUAAUACGAUAAGUCGAAACCGAAAUCAAAAUUUAU